AUGACUGUGGCUGUUAAAAGUGCUUCUGAGAGGUAUCAGAAAAUAUCACAGUUAGAGCAUAUCCUGAAGAGACCAGAUACAUAUAUUGGAUCAGUUGAACUACAAGAACAAGAGCAAUGGAUUUAUGAUGAAGAAACAGAUUGCAUGGUGGAAAAGCAUGUAAAAAUGGUCCCUGGUCUAUUUAAAAUAUUCGAUGAAAUUAUUGUUAAUGCUGCGGAUAAUAAGGUUCGUGAUCCAACAAUGAAGAAGAUUGAAGUCACCAUUAAGCCAGAGGAAAAUCUAAUCGAAGUCAAAAAUGAUGGUAAGGGUAUCCCCAUUGAAAUUCAUCAAAAGGAGAAAAUUUAUAUUCCUGAAUUAAUUUUUGGUCAUCUAUUAACCUCCUCCAACUACGAUGAUAAUGAGAAAAAGGUUACUGGUGGCAGAAAUGGGUAUGGUGCCAAAUUGUGUAAUAUCUUUUCUACAGAAUUUGUAUUGGAGACUGCUGAUCCUAAGUUGGGUAGCAAGUAUGUCCAAAAGUGGGAAAAAAACAUGAGUGUCUGUCACCCUCCAAAAAUUACGUCCUACAAAAAAGGUCCCUCCUAUACCAAAGUAUCAUUCAAACCAGAUUUGUCCAGAUUUAAUAUGACCUCUUUGGAUAAUGAUAUUCUGGGUGUCAUGCGUCGUCGUGUCUAUGAUAUAAACGGGUCAGUUCGCGAUAUAAGCGUAUACUUAAAUGGGAAAUCACUGAAGAUUAGAAAUUUCAAGAAUUAUGUGGAAUUAUACAUGAAAUCCUUAGAAAAAAAGAAGAAAUUGGACGCCGGUGAAGAUGCUUCCGAUCAAUCUAAUGUUCCAACCAUAUUAUAUGAAAGAGUUAACGCUUCAUGGGAGAUUGCCUUUGCUGUCUCAGAUAUUUCAUUUCAACAAAUUUCAUUUGUAAACUCUAUUGCAACAACUUCAGGUGGUACUCAUGUUAAUUAUAUUUCAGAUCAGAUUGUACGUAAGGUACAAGAUUUAAUUAAGAAAAAAAGAAAAAAGACAAUUAAGCCUUUCCAAAUCAAGAAUAAUAUGUUUAUCUUUAUUAACUGUUUAAUUGAGAACCCUGCGUUUACGUCGCAAACAAAGGAGCAGCUGACUACCAGGGUGAAAGAUUUCGGCUCCAAAUGUGAAGUUUCACCUGAAUAUAUUAAUAAAAUCAUGAAGACUGAUUUUGCAACUAAAAUUUCUGAAAUUGCCGACGAGAAUGAAGCCAAUACUCUUAAAAAAUCAGACGGUACAAGGAAGACAAGAAUAACUGAAUAUCCAAAAUUAGAAGAUGCUAAUAAGGCUGGUACCAAAGAUGGGUAUAAAUGUACGUUGAUCUUGACAGAAGGUGAUUCUGCUUUAUCAUUGGCCGUUGCAGGGCUUGCUGUUGUUGGUAGAGAUUUAUAUGGUUGUUACCCACUGCGUGGUAAAAUGUUAAACGUGAGAGAAGCCAGUGCUGAUCAAAUCUUAAAGAACGCCGAGAUUCAAGCUAUAAAGAAAAUUAUGGGUUUACAGCAUAGAAAGAAAUAUGAAGACACAAAAUCAUUGAGGUAUGGCCAUUUAAUGAUUAUGACAGAUCAAGAUCAUGAUGGUUCUCAUAUUAAAGGUUUGAUUAUUAAUUUCCUGGAAAGUUCUUUCCCAGGGCUUCUAGAUAUUCCUGGAUUUUUAGUUGAAUUUAUAACCCCGAUUAUUAAGGUGACGAUUACAAAACCAAGACGUUCUGUCAUUGCAUUUUAUAACAUGCCAGACUACGAAAAAUGGAGAGAAGAGGAAUCGAAUAAUUAUACAUGGAAGCAAAAAUAUUAUAAGGGGUUAGGUACCUCCUUGGCGCAAGAAAUUCGUGAAUAUUUUAGAGAUUUGGAUAAACAUUUAAAGACUUUUCACUCAUUGCAAGGCAACGAUAAAGAUUUGAUUGAUCUUGCGUUUUCCAAAAAGAAAGCCGAUGACCGUAAAGAAUGGCUUAGACAAUAUGAACCUGGUACCGUCUUAGAUUCCUCACUGAACGAAAUCCCCAUCAGCGAUUUUAUCAACAAAGAAUUGAUUCUGUUUUCCUUAGCCGAUAAUAUAAGAUCCAUUCCUAAUGUUCUUGAUGGGUUUAAACCAGGGCAGAGAAAAGUUCUGUUUGGUUGUUUCAAGCGUAACUUAAGAUCAGAAAUUAAAGUGGCUCAAUUGGCGCCAAAUGUUGCUGAGGCAACUUCAUAUCACCAUGGUGAACAAUCUCUGGCCCUAACCAUUAUUGGUAUGGCACAGAAUUUUGUAGGUGCAAAUAAUAUAAACUUAUUGAAACCCAAUGGUGCUUUCGGUACUAGGGCCACUGGUGGUAAGGAUGCUGCUGCCCCAAGAUAUAUCUUUACAGAAUUGAGUAAAAUAACAAGAAAAAUCUUUCAUCCAUCUGACGAUGCUUUAUACAAGUAUGUUCAAGAUGACGAGGCUACUGUAGAACCUGAAUGGUAUCUUCCUGUUAUACCUAUGAUAUUAGUCAAUGGGUGUGAAGGUAUUGGUACUGGUUGGAGUACAAAUGUGCCUCCGUUUAAUCCAUUAGAUAUUGUCAAGAAUAUAAGACAUUUGAUGAAUGGCGAAGAACUUGAAGAUAUGCAGCCGUGGUUCAAAGGGUGGAACGGUUCCAUUGAAGCUAUUGAUCCACAACGUUAUAGAAUGUACGGUAGAAUUGAACAAAUCGGUCCAAACACAUUGGAGAUUACGGAAUUACCAGCAAGAACGUGGACUUCCACUAUUAAAGAAUAUUUAUUGUUGGGUUUGAGUGGUAAUGAGAAGAACAAAGCAUGGAUAAAGGACAUGGAAGAGCAUCAUGGUGAUACUAUCAAAUUUAUUAUUACGUUAACACCUGAAGAAAUGGAGAAGACUAAAAAAAUUGGGUUUUAUGAACGUUUCAAACUAACUUCUCCAAUUAGUUUAAUGAACAUGGUUGCCUUUGAUGCUCGUGGUAAAAUUAAGAAGUACGAGACUGUGUUUGAAAUAUUGAAUGACUUCUACUAUGUUAGGUUAGAAUAUUAUCAAAAAAGAAAAGACUACAUGAGUGAGAGAUUGCAAUGGGAAGUUGAAAAACUGUCAUAUCAGGUCAAAUUUAUUAAGAUGAUUAUUGAUCGAGCUUUAACAGUUACAAAUAAACCACGUAAAGACAUAAUUAAGGAACUAGAAGAAUUGGGUUUCCCAAGAAUCAAUAAAGAAGGAAAGCCACAUUAUGGUUCCAUUAGCAGCAAAAUUGAAGAAUUGGUUGACGAAGGAGAAGGAGAGGAUGAAAGUGAAAAUCAAACUGAUGAGGCCAUUAUUAAUGGACCUGAAGAAGUUUACGGGACAUUUGAAUAUCUAUUAGGUAUGCGAAUUUGGUCGUUGACAAGAGAAAGGUACCAAAAAUUACUGAAUCAAAAACAAGAGAGAGAAACCGAAUUAGAAGAUCUUUUGAAAUUAUCAGCUUCUGAUUUAUGGAAUAAUGACUUGGAAGAGUUUAUGAAAGCCUACGAUGAGUUCCUUAUAAUUGAUGAGGAAAGUCGUAAUGGGAACGAAUCCGGUGCAAGUUCUAAAACUAAAGCUAAACGCAAGAGGAAAUCCGCUGCCGACGAUGACGAUGAUUAUGGCAAGAGUAAGAAGAAACCAAAGGCGACUAAAAAGUCUUUAAAUAAACUGAAGUUAGAAACGGCAAAUUUUGAGAGAGUACUACUUGAGCCCAAGGUGGCUGUAAAGGUAAAAAGACCAACCAAAAUUAAGUCUGAGACGGCAUCAAAGGAAGUCACACCAACUAUUAAAGCACAAGAAUCAGAAACCAACUCAUCACUUUCUAAAAAUUCUUCUACAAUUUUCGACAAGCUUCCCAAGCAAGAGACAGAAGAUACCCUAAGCACGUUUUCGAAUAGAUUUAAGGAAUUGACUAAAAACUUUGGAGAAACUCCCAAAGAAAGUGUCCAAAGUCAGAAAAUACCUCUACAAAAGACUGCUGUUAAACCAAAGAAAGAGCCAGUCAAAAGGAAAAUACCUGAGAUCGUUGAAUUGUCUGAUGAUGAAGAUGAAGUAGAAAAUAGAAAUUCCGGGAAAAUGUUUCUCGAGGAUUCGGACAGCGACCUUGAAGACGAUGAUGAUGCGCCAGUUCAACUGAAUAGGUCGAGAACCAGGCGUAGGGCAGCACCUAAAAAAUCUUAUGUCCAAAAAAUCGAACUAUCAGAUGACGAAGAGAGCUUCAUUGAUGACAAUGAAACGGAUGGCUCUGAAGAAUACGUCGAGUGA